CGCGCCCCGGACCGGCCCCCCUCCCCUCCCCCUCCGCGCCGCCGCCGCCGCGAUGCCCCCCCCUGCGCCCGGGGCCCGGCUCCGGCUCCUCGCCGCCGCCGCCCUGGCCGGCCUGGCCGUCAUCAGCCGAGGGCUGCUGUCACAGAGCCUGGAGUUCAGCUCCCCAGCCGAUAACUACACCGUGUGCGAAGGUGACAAUGCCACCCUCAGCUGCUUCAUCGACGAGCACGUGACCCGCGUGGCCUGGUUGAACCGCUCCAACAUCCUGUAUGCCGGCAACGACCGCUGGACCAGCGACCCCAGAGUGCGGCUGCUUAUCAACACGCCAGAGGAGUUCUCCAUCCUCAUCACCCAGGUGGGGCUCGGGGACGAGGGCCUCUACACCUGCUCCUUCCAGACCCGCCACCAGCCGUACACCACUCAGGUCUACCUCAUUGUCCACGUCCCUGCCCGCAUUGUGAACAUCUCCUCACCUGUGACAGUGAACGAGGGGGGCAAUGUGAACCUGCUUUGUCUGGCUGUGGGGCGGCCAGAGCCAACCGUCACCUGGAGGCAGCUCCGAGACGGCUUCAUCUCGGAGGGCGAGAUCCUUGAGAUUUCCGACAUCCAGCGCGGCCAGGCGGGGGAGUACGAGUGCGUGACCCACAACGGGGUGAACUCGGCGCCCGACAGCCGCCGCGUGCUGGUCACCGUCAACUAUCCGCCGACCAUCACGGACGUGACCAGCGCGCGCACUGCUCUGGGCCGCGCCGCGCUCCUGCGCUGUGAAGCCAUGGCCGUGCCGCCCGCGGACUUCCAGUGGUACAAGGACGACAGACUGCUGAGCAGCGGCGCAGCCGAGGGCCUGAAGGUGCAGACGGAGCGCACCCGCUCCAUGCUCCUCUUCGCCAACGUGAGCGCCCGGCACUACGGCAACUACACGUGUCGCGCCGCCAACCGACUCGGAGCGUCCAGCGCCUCUAUGCGGCUCCUGCGCCCCGGAUCCCUGGAGAACUCAGCCCCGAGGCCCCUGGGGCCCCUGGCCCUGCUCUCCACCUUGGGUUGGUUGUGGUGGAGGGUGUAGGCGCGGCCAAAGCAGGGCGCCUCCCCCCUCCACACCCCCAGGGGGGCCUCAGGCCGGAAGAAGAGGAAAAGGGGGAGCGAGCGCCUUGGAUCUCGAGGGGGCGAAAGAGCUCUCAGUCACUCGAGGAGGAGGAGGAAAGAUCGUUAGAGAACCCGUCACUGUGAGGGAUAACGCAAAAUUAUGCAUCUUUCUACAGCCAUUCUCGCCACCCUUUCACCUUUCCAAUUGUGACCCAGCCCCUGCCGCCUCGCACCCCUCUCUCAGCUCAGGCUGUCCACUGGCUCGAGUGUGGGUGGCUGUGUGAGUGUGCGCCCGCACGUGUGUGUGUGUUUGUGUGGGAGUGGGCUGGGGAGGGGAGCACGCCCCCCUCUCCGCCUCCCCCUCCUCCUCCCCUCACGGCCCCUGCCCACCCCUGCCUGCGUCCCCUAGGUGUGGGUGUGGGUGCUUCCAGCGGAAGCGGAUAGGCUUGCCAGGCUCCCUCUGCCCUGCGCAUGCACUCACUGACCCCUUGCCGCCUUGUCCAACUGCACCUCUGGGGCACGCUGGGAGUGGGCUGGGUUGGGCUGGGCUGUCACCCUCCCAUCAUCGGGCCUCUGACUUGCGGUUGCGUCCCUCCCCGCUAUACACCAGCUGCCUGCAGCCAGAGACCCCAUCGCUGGCGCAGUGACCUGAGACCUCCCCACUUCCCUCUGGGUUCCCACCCUGGACUUUGUGGCCUCCUCCCGGGCCAAUCGGUGCUUCCAUCCAACUGUCAGGCUGAUGGCAGUAGCUGCCUGUCUGUCCCUGUGCUUCGCCCUCCCUUGUCUCCCCCUCCCCUUGGACACCUGCAGCGCCCAGCAGCUGCCCCCUGCAGUUGGCCCCAUGGCCUCUCCACACACUGGCUCCCCAAAGCUGACCCAACCUUCCUCACACGCGUACGCACGCGCACACACACACAUCGGUGACAUGAUCAGCAAUAGCUCCUGGCCCCAGCUGCCCCGUAGCUGUUGUCCAGCCACACUGCCCCCAAGGUGGGCACUGUCGUCAGGAAGGGACGUGGUGAGACUGUGGCCUCAGUUCUGAUGACCUCAGGACGCCACAUGACACAGAGCAGAGGGAAGAGGGGUCGCGCAGACAUCCUGAGCCCGGACUCCCCAAGACCCUAUAUAACCACCCACCUACCCUACCCAGAGCGUGGUGGCCAAAAGGGCCAAAGGGGGCGCGGGGCAGUGACUGUACCUCAGACGGGGACAUGGGCCCCAUCCCACAUUGUCUUCCAUUCCCAGGGUCCAGGGGACCGGGUGGGGCGGGGGCGGGGCGCAGGGAGGGGGCGGGGAGGGGCCCUGGGGGCCGUGUGUUCCAAUUCAUGGGGAGUGUUGAGACCACCACACCAAUAAACGCCUUUUUCCAAAGUCUCUGCUUACAGAUGUCAGUGUGGUUAAGGCAUCGGGCGACUGGAGGCCCAUGGGCAGGUCAUUUGGUGGCACCCACCCUUAACCCUGUUUCUAUUCCCUACUUUCUCUUAGUAAACUUGAAAGUGGCCCAUUUACAAAGCUAUCCCUGAUUGGCUUAUGCUGCUCAGAAGAGCCUCUUCCCACCAUGAUUGGCUCAGAGGUGGACACUUGGUCAGGCCAUUGAGGGGGCGCAGAUUGCAAAAAGGGACGUCCUCUGUGAGUGGUGGGGCCCCAUGAGGGUGGCCUGUGGCUGCUGAGUGCAGAGAUCUCUGUGGGGACAGCUAUGGCCUGGAAGACAGGAGCAUGGAGGCUGACACUGAGCAGCACCACGGAACACAGAGCCAAGGGGCUGAGACUCUAGGUCUCUGGGACAUCAUUUGUGCAGCUGGAUCCAAGUGUACCUGAUGCCAUCCCUCACGCAAGCAAUAAAGUCUCGUGUGUGUGUGUA